AGCAUACCCGUGCGCAAUGACCCCUAGAUCCUGCUUCUGAUGGUACUUUCUCAUUCCCCAACCAAAAGUCCUAGGGAGCGAAACGACUUCGAUUUGGAGCGAAACGACUGGGGCGAAAAGGUCAGGAAGCGAAACGACAUGGAAUACAUGGAAUAACGACAAAAUGGCAGCGACCGGGGUUUUGCCAUUUGUGAGGGGUGUCGAUUUGACUAGAAAUGACUUCAAGGAUGACAACUUCCCAUCUCAUGUGUCUGACAUGACAGGAUUGAGAUGGAUCCGUCUGAACAGAGUCGGUCUCAGCCAGCUACCGGAUGAGCUAGGCAACCUACAGAAGCUGGAACAUAUUUCCAUGACCUACAACAACCUGAACAACAUCCAUGGUGACCUUUCAACACUGCAGAAUCUCCGGGCGCUGGUCUGUCGUCACAACAAGCUCAAGGCCUCCAGUAUUCCUAAUGAUAUAUUCACUCUCGAGGACCUGGCUGUUGUGGAUUUCAGUCACAACCAAAUCAAUAAGUCUCCAGACGAUCUUGAACUAGCCAAAGGUCUUCUUGUACUCAAUCUGAGCCAUAACCAGAUUGAUUGUAUUCCCAACCAGUUGUUUAUCAACUGUACAGAUAUCUUCUAUGUCGACAUCAGCAAUAACAAAUUAGAGUCGAUCCCACCGCAGAUCCGACGCCUAGUCAACCUUCAGGUUCUCGUCGUCAACAACAAUCCCCUGUUUCUCUCCCAGUUCAGGCAAAUAGCGGUUCUGUGUAACUUGGAGACAUUUCACAUGAGGAACACUCAGCGAACUCUCACUAACUUUCCAGCUGGUUUGGAAAACUGUGCAAAUCUGACAGAUAUUGAUGUGAGUGAAAACAAACUUCCACGAGUCCCUGACACUUUAUACAAAGUGAAGACACUAAAACGUCUUAAUCUUUCGAGCAAUGAAAUCACUGAAUUAUCAUCCCUGGUCGACAAUUGGCAGAGUUUGGAAUUCCUCAACUUGUCCCGCAACAAACUGAAAGAAUUACCGGCUGCGAUUUGUAAAAUGGCCUUCCUGCGUCGAUUGUUUGUCAACAGUAACCAGCUGGACUUUGAGGGUAUUCCGCCUGGUAUUGGUAAACUCCAUGAGCUGGAGGUGUUCAGCGCUGCCAAUAACAACCUGGAGAUGAUCCCUGAAGGACUCUGCCGGUGUGGUAAACUGAAGAAACUCAUUCUGAACACAAAUAAGCUCAUCACAUUACCUGAUACAGUGCAUCUGCUCAUGGAAACACUUGAGUUAUUUGAUGUGGGUGAAAACCCAGGGUUUGUGAUGCCACCCAAACCGACAGAGUACUUGACGAAGAACGCCGAGUUUUACGGGAUUGAUUUCAGUCUGCAGACACAGCUAAGAAAGGCUGGAGCUGUCACCCAGGCCUCUCAAACCCCAGCUGCAGCUCAGAAGAGUGAUCCCAUUGCAAGGAAACAGAGGUUGAGAAAGAGAAGAGAUGGCCAGCAAGGCAGUGAUAAAGUGUUAGCUGGUAUGAGGGAGGUUGCUAAGGACAAGGCACGUGGGACAACACCGUCAUCAGAUCAUGAAGAAGGAGAACCUAUCAAGCACAAGUCAUGGCGAGAAACCCUGGCAAAACCCAACCUAAAUUAUAGUGAAAUAUUUGACGAGGAGGUUGGACAGAUACCUGGAAUAACCUGCUGGGAGAUUGAAAACUUCCUGCCAAAUGUUUUGGAUGAAGCUUUACAUGGGAAAUUCUACGAGGGGGACUGCUACAUCGUAUUGAAGACCUACAUUGAUGAUAGUAACUCACUCAACUGGGAGAUCUUUUAUUGGAUUGGAAAGAAAGCAACUUUGGACAAGAAGGCUUGCUCGGCCAUCCAUGCUGUGAAUCUACGUAACCUGCUUGGUGCGGAGGGCCGUACGAUCAGGGAAGAGAUGGAGGACGAGAGUGAUGAAUUCCUGGAGCUCUUUGAUCACGAUAUUGCUUACAUUGAGGGCGGCCGGACGGCGAGUGGGUUCUAUACGGUCGAGGAAACGGCUGCCCAACCAAGACUCUUCAGGACGUCUGGUACACAAAGGCUACACCUAGAAGCAACGCCAUGUCACUGGAGUUCGUUAGAUAACCGAUAUGUGUUCCUGUUGGAUGCGACUAAGAAGCUCUUCAUCUGGAUGGGCAAGAAUGCCAAGACGAUGACUAAGUCAAAGACUAGGUUACUGGCUGACAAAAUCAACAAGGUGGAGAGGAAGAACAAGACCGAGAUUGUCAUGCUGGUCAACCGAUUUGAAAGUGAUGACUUCUGGGAACUCUUGGGCGGGAAACCGAAAGGUGGUGAAAUCCAAGAUUGGGUUCCUGAUAACUUCAAGCCAUCACCUCCCAUCCUGUAUAAUGUCAGACUUGGCAUGGGAUAUCUGGAGCUGCCUCAAGUUGAACUUCCCCAGCAUAAGCUAACCCAAAAUUUGCUGAACACUAAAUGUGUCUAUCUCCUUGAUUUGAAUUCCGAGCUUUACAUUUGGAUUGGUAAGAAGUCAACUCGGCUGAUCCGUGCGGCAGCCUUGAAGUUGUCUCAAGAGAUCCAGGGCAUGAUCAAGCGGCCAGACUUUGUGCUGGUUCAGAGGUGCAUGGAAGGUGCCGAGUCGCAGGUGUUCAAGAGUAAGUUCCAUGGUUGGGAUGAUGUGAUGGCUGUGGACUACACCAGGACUUCAGAAUCGGUGAUUAGGAGAGGUGUUGAUAUAAAGAAAAUCAUGGAGCGAGAUCAGAUCAAGACGGAUCUGUCUGCCUUGUUUAUGCCAAGACAGCCUCCAAUGCCAAAGGAAGAGGCUGAACAGUUGAUGUUGGAAUGGAACGAGGAUCUUGAUGGAAUGGAGAGCUUCGUCUUGGAAGGAAAGAAGUUUGUACGUCUGCCUGAAGGAGAAAUUGGGCACUUCUACAGUGAAGACUGCUACGUGUUCCUGUGUCGCUACUGGGUUCCCCCUGAGCUGCCAGAGGGGGAGGAGGACAAGGAAGUUGAUGAAGAUGACUUGCCAGAAGAUGACUUUAAAUGUACUGUGUACUUCUGGCAAGGACGCCACGCCAGUAACAUGGGCUGGCUCACCUUCACAUUCAGUUUACAGAAGAAGUUUGAGACACUUUUUGGAGAGAAAUUGGAAGUUUGUAGAACGCACCAGCAACAAGAAAACCUGAAGUUCUUAUCACACUUUAAGAGAAAGUUUGUCAUUCAUGAUGGCAAGAGGCCACAGGGAGGUGAUGAAAUUGUUGAGCAGACGGAAUUCUUCCACAUCCGAUCGAAUGGUAGUCUGCUCGCAACAAGAUGUAUCCAGUGCAAUGCCGAUGCUUCACAGCUGAAUUCAGAAUUUUGUUACAUUCUGAAGGUGCCAUUUGAGACAAUGGACCAAGGAAUCGUGUAUGUCUGGAUUGGGAAUCAUGCUGAUCCUGACGAUGCUAAACUUGCAGAGGAGAUGGCUAAUGAAAUGUAUGGGAGGAGAGCUACGUUUCGGUUUAGAAGGCAAUACCACAGUGUUCAAAUUAUCAGUGAAGGUGAUGAGCCUGAGAAUUUCUUCUGGAUUGGUAUUGGUGGCAGAAAACCGUAUGAAAAGACGGCCGAUUACAUGAGAUAUGCCCGAUUGUUUCGGUGCUCAAAUGAGAAGGGUUACUUUACUGUUUCAGAGAAGUGUUCUGAUUUCUGUCAGGAUGACUUGGCUGAUGAUGAUGUGAUGAUUCUUGAUAAUGGAGAACUCGUCUUCUUAUGGGUGGGCAAGAAAACAAGCGAUGUUGAAAUCAAGUUGGCUUUUAAGAGUGCACAGGUAUAUGUUCAACACCUGAGAAACAAACAGCCGGAGAGGCCGAGAAAACUGCUGCUUUGUUUGAAGUACAAAGAACCAAAACGCUUUACGAAGUGCUUCCAUGGUUGGGGCAAACAUAAGUCGGUCAUUGAGUAAACUACUGGUGUUGAAUUGUGUUCAAGUGACCUGAGUGUAGAUACUUCAUCCUUAAUAUCAAGUAAAAAAUAGGCCUGUUCAAGUCAACCAACUCUUUCAAAUAUAUUUCCUUUUUUUUAUAAUGUACACGUGUUGUGCUUCAGCAAUGAAUGUAUACAGGUAGUUUAAUUUAACAUUUGGCAUUUGGCCUUACAAUCUAUAAGUUACAUAAGCUUACUAGUAUAAUUUUCUAACCAGAUUACAUGUACAUGUAUCUCAAUGUAUUGAAAUUUUCCCGUUCUGAAAUGUGGCACAUGAAAUAGCAAGAAAUUACUUGCAGUGUUUUUAACAAAUCUUGAAGAAGUCGACAUUGUACCUGUAGCUAAAUCUCUUAAAAUGUAUGUUAAUGUAGCUAUGAUGGUUCUGUUCAAAGUGGUGCUAAUCAUUAUUUACACAGGACGUUAGUGUCUUUUUCACAGUUAGUUAUUUGUUAUGGUGACCUUUAAGGGGAUCUUGUUAGGCAACUUAAAUGUCUAAUGAUAAAAACCAUACUUGGUUCUGGUUGUUAACCUUGUCUCAUGCAUUUUGUUUAGGACUGAUCUGUAAAUAUUCCUGAAAUGGUCGUCAUACAGAUUGCUGAGAGUUGGCAUCAGUAUCAUGAACUGAUCCAUUGUUGAAUCCAGAAGCAUCUUUAGCAGUACCAUUAUGAUUGCAGCAUCUAAAGAGCUUACAUUUCUUCCUUCGAACAGUCUGGAGAGGAUCAGGCCUAUUUCUAGGGCUGGAUGGAAGUGUCCCUGUGAAAAAUCUUCGUAUAUUGAAUUGUGUGAACAAUAGUCAUCAUAUCAAACAAUGAGACAAUACCAAAGCCGCUUUGAGUUCCUUAGCCCUGUUUAAUUGAUGUAAUAUGUAUUGUCCUUUUCUAUUUAUUACAGCAAUAACUACAUUUGUAUGAUGUAACCAAUAAAUCAUGCAUAUUAUAAACAA